ACCUCUCUCUACUCCUCAAAAAGUCAGCCCUUCCAUUUUUGUCUGAUACAAAAAAAAUGGAGGAUGACUGGGACCUUCACGCCGUGGUCAGAAGCUGCUCGACCUCCACUUCCGCCGCCGCCUCCCAAAACCCCACCAGUUUGGAGAGCUUUACUUUGUCCAAAGAUCCGUUUGAAGAUUUGCAUCAGCUAAUUUGGAAACAACAAAUUCCACCGAUUUCUCCCCUCUCUGUUUUGCAAGAACUAUCAUCGUCUCACCGAAUUCUACAGCAUCCUCAGCCCAAGCAGGAAAUCACACAAAAUUCCCCCAAAAAACAACACCUUUUUUCCAUCUUGAACGCCUCAAAACGCAGCACCACAAGGUCCAAAAAAAGGAAACAUCAGUCGAAGAAGGUGUGCCAUGUCCCGGCAGAGAGCGUGUCUUCCGACGUAUGGUCAUGGCGAAAAUACGGCCAAAAGCCAAUCAAGGGAUCCCCAUAUCCAAGGGGUUAUUACAAAUGCAGCACAUUAAAAGGGUGUAUGGCAAGGAAGCAAGUGGAGCGGAACAAAUCCGACCCGGGAAAAUUCAUCAUCACUUACACCGGCGACCACAGCCACCCCGUCCCCACCCACCGGAAUUCCCUCGCCGGCAGCACCCGCAGCAAGCCCGACUCUAAGAAGCCGGAGGAAUCUGAGGUGGACAUCGAUGACGACGAUUUUUUCUCCGGAUUGGACGAUUUGGGCGGAGAGGGCUUGCCGGCGCCGGAGGGGUAAUGAAUCGAAUCGAUGCUUUUCUUCUCGCUCACUUUUGUUUACGUUUUGUAGCCACCCGACAAGUUUUUUUGUCCGUUGAGACUAGUCGAGAAUCUAGAAAUCAUGGAACUUUUUAUCUUAUCUUUUUUUUUUUCUUUUCUCUUCUUCUAGGGAAUAUAAUUAUUUUUGGCAAUGAUAAAAAGAAAGGGAGUAGAGAAUCUAGAGAUGUCUAUGAGAUGUUAGUUGUAUAUUUGUGGUAGUUGAUGUACAGUAUAUUAUAGAACCUUGUCUUCCAUUGCUUAUUUAUUUAUAUAGGAGUAUACAUAUUUUUCAUUA